AUGCCUACCCGGAAGUCCACCGAUGCCCCAACCGAUGCAGACGGCCCCUCGCCGCAACCGCAGAACCAGACCUCACCAGUCCAGAAUGUCCAAGCAACCGAGCAGCAGCUCAAAGCUCGCGCCGAGGGCGUGAGUAUCGAGACUGACAGGCAUAUGCAGGACUACCUCCUCCCGCGAUCGCUCACUCUCCGACUAGCGAAAGCAGUCCUCCCCCCCAACACAGCCAUCCAGAAAGAUGCGGUGCUAGCGAUCCAGAAGGCUGCGACGGUGUUUGUGUCGUAUCUUGCUUCGCACGCGAACGAGGCGACGCUCAAGCGAACGGUUGCGCCCGCGGACGUGUUUUCUGCGCUAUCCGAGCUGGAGUUUGAGGCGUUCCGGCCUAGGCUGGAGAAGGAACUAGAGGCGUUUACGGAGAUGAAGGCUGGGAAGCGGAAGGGGAGGAAGUCGGGGGCGGGGGUCGGUGACGAGGCCGGGGCUGUCCAGAAAACACAGGUAGAUGACGAGGAGAGCGCGGUACGUGAGGUGAAGAGGGUGAAGCGGGUUGAGGGGGGUUCGUCUAGUGCUCAGGAGGGGCAUGAGGAGGAGGAAGAUGACGAUGACACCCAGGAGGAACAAGAACCGGGCUUGGAGAAUGAGGAGGAGGCCGAGGAAGACGAGGAGGAGGAUGAGGAUGAUGGCGAGGAGGAGGAUGAAGAUGAGACACAAGAAGAGGACAUCGAUCGAGUAGAAGAUCUGGAUCGCGAUUCGCGACCGAGGCGAACGAUGGAUCCUGAUGCUGCAGAUGACACAGAAAGCGAAAAUGAGUCGGGACCUGGGACGCAGCUGCAGAGCGGGCUUGGUUUGGGAUAG